AUGGCUGACCCGUUUGCCCCGCGCUCGAUGAAGCGCAAAAACGUAAAGGGGCUUGCUCUUACACCGGCCGCACCGAAACCACCUCCUACAGCCGAGAACCGCCCAGACUACGACGGCGCUGGCGAUGGAACGAGCAAAGAUGGGCAGCUCGAGAUUGGUAUUGAGUACAAACUCGACCUGCGACCCGAAGACCUCGAAAUCGUCAAGGAACUCGGCUCUGGAAACGGCGGCACCGUGAGCAAAGUGAAGCACUUGACCACGGGCACCGUCAUGGCUCGCAAAAUUAUACAUGUCGAUGCCAAAAAAGAGAUGCGCAGGCAGAUUAUCCGAGAGCUCCAGAUCAUGCACAACUGUCACUCGGACUACAUUGUCAACUUUUACGGCGCAUUCUUGAACAGCAACAACGAUGUCAUCAUGUGCAUGGAAUAUAUGGACGUAGGCUCCCUGGACCGCGUCUCCAAAGUUUUUGGCCCUGUUCGAGUCGACGUUCUUGGCAAAAUCGCCGAAGCUACUCUUGGUGGCCUCACCUACCUUUAUACGAAACACCACAUCAUGCACCGAGACAUCAAGCCGUCCAAUAUCCUUGUAAACUCCCGCGGAUCCAUCAAGCUCUGUGACUUUGGUGUCUCCGGAGAGCUUAUCAAUUCGAUCGCCGACACCUUUGUUGGUACUUCGACAUACAUGGCCCCCGAAAGAAUCCAAGGCGAGCGCUACACUGUCAAGUCGGAUGUCUGGAGCUUUGGUCUCACAAUCAUGGAACUUGCUAUUGGUAAAUUUCCAUUUGGUUCCAACGAGCUCACGGACGAAGACUGUGCUCCGGCUGGCAUCCUCGAUUUGCUGCAGCAGAUUGUUCACGAGCCGGCCCCGCGGCUACCCAAGAGCGAUGCUUUCCCUAGUAUCCUCGAGGAUAUGAUUCAAAAAUGUCUUUUCAAGGAACCCGAGAGACGCCCUACACCACAAGAUCUCUUCGACCGUGAUGCAUUUGUGCAAGCCGCCAAAAGAACCCCUGUCGACCUUCGCGAAUGGGCUGUUGGCAUGAUGGAGCGCGAUAAUCGCAAGUCUCACCUGGCUCCUCAGCUGUCCCCGUCUACGCAAGACCUCCUUCGGUCAAGCGACUCACCUACGUACAGCAAUGGGCCUGAGGAGAGGACGUCUCCCACACCAACGUCUGGUGAAAUCCCCAUCGGCGGUGCAGGCAUCGUCACCCCGCGCGAUUACGCCAACGGCAGUGGCCGGCCCCAUUCGCGAAAUGGAUACAACAACGUUAAGCCACCAGUGUCUGCUCACCCUGGGCUGGGCCCUCGCUACGCGUCCGAGUCUGGGCACAUUCCCAGUGGCUAUACCGACGCAAGGGGCCCUGUCAGUGCCAACGCCGCUACUUUCAGUCUUCCUGUCCGUCCUGCCCCUCCAUCGGGACCGCUUCCUCCUGCGCCAGCCCGGCGAAAUACCCCGGACGCUCUGCCACGAGAAAACCGUCGCCAGGCUACAUUUGGUCUACCUCCCAACCCAAGCUCUGGAUUUGGAGUGUGA